CUGACCUUAGCUAGGCCUGUCUGAGAACAUGAGAAAUGGCGGGCGGUGAGAAGCAGUGAGAGGUGCUUGAAGAAUGUUUCCGUCAGUUUUGGUUCGUGUCCGCCCAUCCAAUUGAUCUAUUCCUAUACACUGGACAAAGGAAAGUUCUAGAAUCGUACGUUUGUUGGAACGUCGCUUGACUUUGAGAUUUUCCCGCUGUGGGUGUGACUGUGGCGCUCUGAAAUUGUGUGCCGAUCACCAAAACAAGGUUUGCGUUCAGAGGUUUGCGUUUAGCUGUGUCGAAGCUGAGAUUUUUUAGUUCUGGGCAGUUUCAGGACAAGACAGCGGCUGUCGCUGUCCACUGCGUGUUAACUGGACUGGUCAAGGUCCUGCAACUGGUCAAUUUUCGAUUGGCCGUCUUAUAAUAAGCAAGGGAAACGUGAAACCUUUAAUAGAAAAGUUGUCUACUGGACUAUACACGCGUUCUGUGUCGCUGUUGUUGUUGUUGUUACUCCGGUCCCAUGUUUGAAGAUCCAACCAUGACACGAGAAAUGUACGACGAUCUACCCGAAGAGUCGGAUGCCAAGGAGUUCUACGCCAAGUAUGAACCCAAGGAAGUGCUUGGAAGGGGGUUGAGUAGCGUGGUUCGGCGCUGCGUGCGGAAAACGGACCUACAGGAAUUCGCGGUGAAGAUUAUCGACGUCACGGAACAGAGCUGGACAGAAGACAGGGACUCUGUCAUGAAGGAAGUCACCAUUCUGCAGAUGGUGUCAAGAAACGCAAACAUCAUUCAGCUAGUUGAUGUGUUUGAGUGUACAACCUUCAUCUUCCUGGUGUUUGAGCUCAUCAAAGGAGGAGAGUUGUUUGACUACCUGACUGAAGUUGUAGAGCUGAGCGAACGAGAAACCAGAUUUGUGAUGAGACAACUGUUUGAAGUGGUCAAAUUUCUUCACGACUUGAACAUUGUACAUAGAGACCUCAAGCCGGAAAAUAUUCUAAUUCAAGGCAAGCUAGAGAUCAAGGUAUCCGACUUUGGCUUCGCGGUUCGACUGAAAGAAGAACAACUACUAAAAGAACUAUGUGGAACUCCCGGCUACCUCGCACCCGAAGUUUUAAAGUGCUCUAUGAUCGACGGUUUUGCUGGCUACGGCAAGGAGGUAGACAUGUGGGCUUGUGGUGUGAUCAUGUAUACAUUGUUGGCUGGACAGCCCCCCUUCUGGCAUCGAAAGCAGAUGAUGCUGCUGAGAAACAUCAUGGAGGGGAACUACAACUUCGACGGGCCGGAGUGGGAAGAUAUCUCCCACACAUCCAAGGACCUGAUUGCCCACCUCCUAAUUGUAGAUCCUAAAAAUAGAUUCACAGCUGAACAAGCGCUUCAACAUCCCUUUUUUGAAAGCAUUGAGUACGCUGUAUGGGCUGAGAAGCGCUUGCGGAAAUCUCGCAGUCCCAGAAAAACGCCUUCUGAAAAGGGCAAGUUUGAUGCCAAGAGCAAAUUCAAGGCUGCAAUAGCUGCUGUGUGUGCCACACAGAGACUCCAGGCCGGGCUGAACCGUCAGCAGGUUCUCACCUUCAAGACCAUGGCGGAGGACCCGUACCGCGUACGGGGCAUCCGCCGCGUCAUCGACGGCUGCGCGUUCAGGAUAUACGGACACUGGGUCAAGAAGGGCGAGGAUCAGAACAGGGCCGCUCUGUUCGAGAACUUUCCAAAACGCGACGCCACAAAAAACGCCAACGUUUCGAAGACAUGGGUUUGACCCAAGGCGACUUGAGGCGUAAAGGAGCAGUCAAGAUACAAGGGUUGCUCUAUAACGUCUGUGGCAAGUCAUCGUUUCAUCAAAGGUCAACACAAAACAACUCUCAUUCACUGGAACACAAUCAGCACAUUCAUACAUUUACACUGAUGUAUACUGUUGGCUGACACAACAUUAACGAAAGCUCUGCCUUGCUUCAUACUUGCCCUAAUAGCGACAACCCGUUGGACAACAAGUGGGAAUAUCACCUAUAUCACAUGACCUGGAUAGAAGUGUGACAAAUCAGCAACAGGUCAAAGGUGCCCGACAGUUGGUAUCAGCCCCCGUCUCGGUUGAGGGCACUUUUACUUGAAUUCUGAAAUAACUUUAGAUUUUAUUGUUCUCAACUUCGGAAAUUUGAAUAGUUACAUGUAGCUGGGAGAUGCAGUAGGUUUUCCAACAUGGCCAACAAAAUUCAGUGAAAAAUGUAAAUGUUACAUAUUUUUCCAAAAGUCUAUGUUGUGUCAAGCAGUGCUAUCUUGGAAAAUGUGCCUGUUUGGGGUGGUCACAGUGACUUGGAACUUGCACCCUCCUGGCUGUAGUGAUAAACAGUGACAGUAUUGGGCAGUGCCAGUUGGUAUCACAGUUAAGAGCAGUCAUUGCAGCUCACAUGUAGCUCACCAUGCCAAUAUACACAGUGGCACAGAGACAGCAAUGUAGCUAUAUUUGUAUAGGGAAACCUUUAAAGUCACCUACUGAAUUUAGGUAGUGUCAUUCAAAGAUACUAUUUACUGCAAGGGCUAUUGCAUUUAAAAAGUCUUGAAGAAAAUUGUUCAGUGUUGACUUUUAACAAUAAAGAAGGAGGACUGAGAAAAUAAUUUGGCAUAUGGGUGAAAAAUAUGAAAAGGAACCCAAAACAUAACUUUUUGAAUGAAAUAGCCACAGCAGCUUAGAGAGUCACAGGUAUUUUUGCGGAACUGUGACGUUUUCCAUGUAAAAUCUAUUAUAACAGCAAAGUAUGCAGCUUUAGACUACAGGUAAAAGUGGUGUAGUCAACACCAGCUUUUGGCACAUUUACCCACUCAACAGGAACAUUGGGAGGAAAAGAGCUGUUCAGUACAUAUGAAAGUAUUCCUGUGGUGUAAGUGGCAAGCGAUUCCGUUAGGGAUCAGUUUCGUGAAUCCGUGGGCGGGGGUUCGAUAGCAGGAUCAGCUCCAGCUUCGACAGACUGCACCAUGUACGAGGGAAGUUAAGGCACCUCAAAGAACCCAACACACUUAUGGAAAAUAGUUACUGUAGUGUCAAAAAAAUGUGAGCUGUACUGAAACCGCAUUGCACUACUAGCUUCUCGAAAAGCAUCAAUUCUUGCUUGACUCUCAAACAAGGAUGACUAAAGAAAAAGUCUAAAUGUCGACAGAUGCCAUACGAUUUAACUAUUGUUUCUAGAUGCCUACCUCAAAGUGACGUGCACAUAAAUUCUAAUUUCUUAUAUAUAUUAUGUACAGCUUGUUUACUAAAGGUUUUUGUUUGCUGUUCGUACCAAAUCAUGUAUGGCAAGGCCCCAACAGAUUGUCUUUAAGGUUGCCUUAAAAAGUGCUUUAGAUCAGCAGUCGAUAUCUUCUCAUAAUUAAUAUUACAGUUUGCAUUCAAAUAAUAGUUUCAUAGUCAUAUUGCUAAGUUCCAUAUAUGAUUCAUGUAGAUUAUGAUAUUACCUAUAGGAAAAGUUGCAGUAUUUUUUACGCACAUAUUUUAUCGUAGGGUUCAAGAUUAUUAUGUUUUAGCCAGUCAUCUUAUCUAGUUUUGACUCUACUUUGUUUAGAUGAUUUUGUGGACAGUUUAAGUUUUAGAUCAUGUGUUUUCACUGCAUUGCUCAGCAAUUGCAUCUUUGUAUUAUGAUUUUGAUAUGCCAUAUACAUGUACAUGUGAGUUAACUGUUAAGUAGACUUAUUUUAGUACAAAAAGUUAUAACUUUGUUUUCUAUUAGAUCAUUUGAUGCUGCUGUUUUAAUUAAAGAUAUUGUACUAAAGAUUGUACAUAUUGUACAUAAAAGUGACACUUUUGGCGGUUACCCAAAAAAUGUUUGUAGACAUGAACUUGAGAUAUUGUGUUUCUUACAAAAUUCUUCCUUAAACCAAGGACGUUAUGCUUAAACUAAAGGUUCACAGAUUUACAAGAAGAGACUCUGGCUAUAACCAUUGUUAUACAAUGUCACAUACAUUUUGUACAUGCAGUACAUACAGUCCCCAUGCUUCCUGGCAUUUGUAACAUUGAUAUACAGUUGUGUCAUCUGCAAUUUACUGCUGAGCUGCUAGGUGGUGCAUGUGAGUAGCAGAAAGUGUUGUCAGAAAAUACCACUUUAUUCUGAACAGGUGAAAAGGCAACAUGGUAAUUUAUGAUGAUUUAUUUAUUCAUUAAUUUCUUAGUAAGGUUAGGUUAGUGUAGAACACCUUUAGAUAACCAUAAGCAAAUGAACAAUUCUCUGCAGUUAUGACAUUCUAGGAUAUAUUAAUUUUUUCAAAGUCUUUGUAAUUUUGACAAUUGUCACAGUACCUGGCAGUGCUCCCUUGCUCUCUCUGAUAGCCUCACAAUGCCCCCUAGUGGAUAUUGGUAUUACUGCAGCACUUAUGUUACCCAGUUGUACUUGUUUUCAUCUAUACCAAAACAAGCAUUGCUGUGCCAGAAAAUAUGCAUUACAUAGUUCUGCAAUUAUUUAUCAGUAUAUGAAUAUAACGAUAUCAAACUCAAAAGCUGUUGCAAUGCAUUCUCAUAUGUAUACAUUUAUAUCAAGAUAAAUUGUAAUUCUGCCAUUUGUUCAUAUACGUACAUGAAUUCCUUUCAUAUGUAACUAUAUACUUAAUAAUGGGUAGAAUAUGGUGUACCAUUUUCACAAGUUGCAGUUAAGCCUGAAAUAGUUUUUACCUAAAAAUGUUCAAUUGCUUCAAAAAAACCUUCAAAAUACUACAUGUAGCAAAAGCAGUGGACUCAUUCUAGCUGUGUAGCAGACAUUCAGUUAUUAAGUCCUUUUGUAAGAUCUGAUGCAUUUCUGUUGCAUCUUACAUUUUUGUAUCUGCAAUUUACUGUUGAGUUGCUAGGUGGUGCAACUGAGUGGUAAGGUGGCUAGCGGUGUAAUAAUACAUUACCUUGUGCAAGUGAAUGAUACGGGGUCUCUUGAAAGACUUGGCUACGGAAUCAUUCAGUCAAAGACAUGAAGCAUCUAAGAGUUUGCUACGGGUCCGUUUCUAGUCUCUUACUGUGGAAAUGCAUACAGGAUAGAUGAUUUUGAAGACUUGUAUAGAGACAUAAUUCAUAAUUCUGUAGUGUGUUCAUAUUUAUGUAUUAUGUAAUUACUGUUUGAAUGAAUAAUUAGUAGUUAUUUGAUGAGCCGUUCCAUUUUAAGUUAGUAAUUUGUUUGUUUUGAGUGUGGAUCUCAUAUUUGUGAACAUUUCUCACUGCAAAUAAAAGAAUUUUAUCAAGGCA